AUGGGGUAUUUAGCCACUGAGCAUAAGACAUUUGUUCACCACAUCGCGCUCGAUCCGUCUGGGUCGCUCCUCGCGUCGUGCUCGAGCGAUAAGAGCGUGGAGGUUUUUUACCGCCACCGCGUCCCCUGUGGGGAGGAUCGUUGGCGGCUGGGGUGCACCAUGGCGGACCACUACGGACCAGUUCUCCGCCUUUCCUGGUGCCAGCACCGUGAACACGGCCCCCUGCUUGCCACCGCCGGGGCGGACCGGUGGAUUUACGUCUACCGCAUCGUUGUUUCCUCGCACAAAGGGAACCCCGUGGUGCAGUCCAUCCGCUGGCUCCCGGUGCGUGGCUACGAGAAGGACGCCAUCACGGAUGUGGCCUUCGUUCCGCCGCAGCUCUACCAAGUCCUACUCCUUUCCACUGCCUCCCUAGAUGGCUCCGUGCGGGUGUACGAGGUGCACAAACCACUGCAGUUUCCCUGUAUUUGCAAGAUCAUGCCUGAGGCGUGUGGGCCCACCUCGGACGUCAGUGGGGUGGCCACGAAGAGGGAGUCUACGGGUUCGAUCUUGAAAACAUCGGAUGGGAUCGGCGGCGCUAGCCCCAUCUCCCAGCAGGCGGAACUUCUCACCUCUGCGGCGGGGCGCCCACCUGGGCUGACUCCAUUGAUGCGAUCCUCGGCUUCACCGGUCAGCCCUGCCUCCCCUGAAAGCCCUAAUUUUUCUAGCGGGUGUGAGACCGCUCUCUGCGGCCCUGCUCAAUGGGGUAGUGGGAUUUCUUCCAUCGCUUGGUUCCCUAGUGCCACGGAGUCAACGAUGACUCUGGCAGUUGGGGCAGUUUCCGGCCGCUUUUACAUGUAUCGAUACCUCAAAGAGAGCACCUCAUUUGAAUCGAUCGCACUGCCUCCAGAUGUCGUCUGCCAGUCGUCCAUUGAGGGGAUGCAGUGGGCCCCACCUUUAGGUAGAUGCUUUCAACUCAUCGCAAUAUGCUCUCGGUCAAGUGUACUCAUACUGCGUAUGAACACAAUUUCGCCUUCCUAUGAGGCGGUGGAUAAGUUGAGCUUUGAACUAUACAAACACCCAACAGGGGCGGUGAGUGCGUCGUGGAGUCGCUCUGCGACCUUGCUGCACUUGGCAACUGAUGACCAGCAGACCGAGAUGUUUGUGCUUCAAAUGCGUGACCCGACAAACCACCAAUCAUGGGAACUCGUUUCAUCUCAUCAUGUGCCGUUACCUAGGUUUUGA